AAUUCUUAAAUUCCUCUCAAUCUUCUUCUUACCUAUUCUAUAAAUCUCUGUUUCUCUCUGACAAUUUAUUCCAACACAAAAAAAUGGCUGACGCUUUCUUGGAGAAGGCAACUUCUGCUGUCAACGAAGCCAAAGAAUCCGUUACAGCCACCGCUGAAACAACCACUGAAACCGCCAGGACCGCUCUUACUGACGCUCAGAAAACCGUUGAAGCCUCCACUGAAACGGUCAAGACCGAGGCUGAAGCCGCGCCUAAGAAAGCUUCUGAUCUGUCUACACAGGCAAAGGAUGCAAUGGACAAAGGUAUAUCAAGAGGUAUAGAAGGAGCCAAAUCUUUGCUUCAAACUUUCGAAGCGAAGAGUAGCGAUAUUUCCUCAAAGCUCGUUGGAGGUGUUACCAAUCUUGUGAGUGGAACAUCAAGCAGCACCGUGGCAAGCCGAGACCUUCCCGUAUCUACAGACAAUCAGCCUCUGCUAGCGUCUCGCGAGACGACACCGUGGUGGAAGAAUUGUUGUGGAGUUCUUGAUCUUUUCAAGAAAGAUACUUAAGAUAAAAAGAUCAAUAAAAUGACAAAUUAACG